AUGAGCACCUCCAGCAACACUAGCGGUGAGUGUUCGCCCUUUUCCAUUACAGACAGUAUUGUAGUACAAGCUACAGAUGAUAAUGCUGAUAAGAUUUUACAAGAGGUGGAUUUAAGUGAUCCGAAUAUUGAUAAGAACGACACUUUCGAACUAAGACAACAAGUAUCAAUUAAAGAGAGCCCCCUUUAUUAUUUAAGAGAUAUACCAUACUCGGCUUACACAAGUUUUCAGGUCUCUCUAAUUUUCCUUAUUGUCAUUUAUAAUGGCUUCUUAGGACCAUUGGCAGGUAACGUCUUUAUACCUGCUCUGCCGCUGCUGCAAAAGGAAUUUAACGUUUCUGAAACAACCAUAAAUGCUACGGUAUCAGUAUUCAUGGCAACAUUCUCCAUCUCACCAUUAUUUUGGGGUGCCCUCGCAGAUAAAGGAGGCAGAAAGAUAUUAUAUAUUAUUUCAAUUUCUUUAAUGGUCAUAAUAAAUAUUCUAUUGGCAAGUGUCCCAAAAAAAAUAGGAUCUUUGAUAUUCCUAAGAAUUAUUCAAGCUUUUGCAUCAAGUUCCGUAAUUUCACUAGGAGCGGGGACAGUGGCUGACUUGACACCACCAAAAGAUAGAGGUAAAGCCAUGGCAUAUUUUAUGUUGGGUCCCAAUUUGGGACCUAUUUUGGCGCCUAUAAUUGCGGGGUUGAUAUUAUUGGAUAACAAUAACUGGAGAUGGUUAUUUGGAUUCCUUUGUAUAGUGAGCGGAUUAGGUUUGAUAAUGGUGAUUCUCUUAUUACCUGAAACACUGAGAUGUAUAGUUGGUAAUGGAGAUCGACAAUGGGAGAAUUGGAGCCAAAAUGAGAAUGAUAUGUCGACACAACCUGUAGACUUCUCAUCACCGAUUUCAAGGUGGUCAUUUGUGUCAGAUAUUGGAUUCCUGAAUCCAAUAACUCAAGAUUCAAUUUUUAAAGGUCUUUAUCCACACCCACCAAAGUUUUCUGUUUGGACAUAUCUUCGUAUUAUGACCUUCCCGCCCGUAAUAUUAACAUCCAUCGCGAAUGCAUUGUUAUUUUGCACAUACUAUAGUAUAAGUGUAACAUUGUCUCAUUUUCUUGCAACUGAAUACUCUUAUUCUAAUCUUAAAAUAGGUGCAUGUUAUGUGUGUCCUGGUGUCUGUAUGUUGUUAGGAUCACAAAUUGGUGGGCAUUUAUCUGAUUCUAUGAGAAAGAGUUGGAAGAAAGAGAACUAUAAUACAGAGUAUCCUUUGGAAUUCCGUUUAAUAUUGACUGUUUGCGGAGUUCUGUUAGCAAUUGGCGGGUCAAUUGGGUACGGCUGGUGUAUUCAAUUUCACUACCAUAUCUCGGCGGUACUUGUCUUUGCUGGUCUAAUGGCAUUCGGACUAACAUGGUGCAAUAAUACAAUUAUGACAUAUCUGUCUGAGUUACUCUCCUUAAGAGUAUCUAGUGCCAUUGCAGUUAGUAGCUUUUUUAGAAAUAUUGCAGCAGCAAUAAGUUCAGCACUAAUUGCAAAACUGUGCCAAAAAAUGGGUAUUGGAUUUUGUUUCUUAGGUUUGGGUUUGAUUAACCUUGUCUCUUUGUUUUCGAUAUUGGUAUUGAUUAAUAACAGAAAUAAAUGGGUUAAAGACAGUUUCUGA